AUCUUAUCGCCAGCCCCUGCAGUAAGCAGCCCCACACACGCCCUAUGUCAUUUCUGCCACUGUCACAAUUUAAACCACUCCUCAUUUUCCCUUAUCUCCCAAUUUACCAUAAAAUUUACCCUCACGAUCAAUCAAUUGACACUUCAUAAAAUGUCAUUCACGUUCACAGUAUCCUCGCACCCCCCCUCCCUUCUCUCCCACUCCUCCCUCAUCUAUCCCUCCGCCUCCAACCCCUCCCCCUCCAACAACCACCCCGUCUUCACCGACGCCAUGGCAAUCCGCCACGCCGUAUUCGUAGACGAACAAUGCUGCUCAGCGGAUGCUGAGAUCGACGCGGACGAUGCGCGAAGCUGGGAAUUUGUUGUCUACGCUCAUCCAACGCCAACAACAACGACCACGACUCCACCAUCAGAGGUAGAAGAUCGGGGCAGGCCGGUUGGUGUGGUCCGCCUUGUGCCUCCACCGCACGCACCGCACGAAACGCUGCAUUAUCCAGACCGGGCCGCGGAGCACGACAAGUUCGAUGUGCGGCACGAACCGUACGUCAAGGUCACGCGUGUCGCGGUGGUGAGGGAGUUUAGGGGGUAUGGGAUAUCACGAAAAUUGAUGGAGGUGUUGGAGGACUGGGCGCGAAGGAAUCGGGAAAGGGUUGAGGAGAUGAUGGAGUAUGUUCUUAGGGAAGACGGAGGGGUGGGGGGGAGGAGGUGGAAUGGGUUGAUCGGGUUGCAUGCGCAGGUGCAAGUUGAGAAGAUGUAUGCGCGGCUUGGAUAUGAGACGGAUAUGGCGAUGGGGAGAUGGGAUGAGGAGGGGAUAGAGCAUGUGGGUAUGUUCAAGAGGGUGAGCUUAGAUUAGAGUAUAGAUUAGAGAUGGGGAUUGAUA